AUGGGCCAGGAGGCGAGUGUCCCAGUUUCUCGGGGAGCCAAUGGGCUGUCCCGUCGAAGAAUAAGUAGACGGCUGCGGGGUCGGCUGGCUUCAGGCAGCGACGAUGGCGGACCCCACACGCAAGAAGGGCUGGAAACGACGACACCCAGUUCUGACCGUUGUCUUCCUCCCAGCGAUCCUCACAUGGAUAACGGUCCGCAUCUCAUUCAAGGUCACAGCCUGGUCCGUGCGCACGACUCACAACCUGAACAAGCGCCGCCGAGCGCGGAAACGAGCAAAACGACAGGCUGCGAUCGACAGGCAACGACAGAUAGAGUGGGAGGCUCGACAGUGGAGGAAUUUGCAAAAGCAACUGCAGGUACAAAAGGAGAGACAGGCCAAGGUACAGGCAUUACAGGACAAGCGGAACCAGCCCAGACAACGAUGGCUCAAGUGCCGACGUCCAGUACCACCUCCACCGCCACCUCCACCGCCACCAGUCGAGAGCCCACUCAGUCGAUUCAGCAGCAUAGGGAGCGUAUUCUCGAUUCUCCACCCACCGCCUCCUUUGGACCCGACUCCGGCCCCGCCCCCGUCGCUCCUGUCGCCCAGAUGGAGUCGCUUCAGUCUGCGCUCGCAAACGCCAACUCCAUCACCCCAUCUGACCCCGGCUCCGUCGCCCCAGCCCUCCCCUCGACUACUCUCCCGUCUGUCUCUCACUCACCUGGUCCCUCAGUCUCGCGCCCCCUCUCCCUCGGCACAACAAUGAUCGUUCAGGGCCUAGUCCAGACGAUCGAGGUCACUAGGGUACCGGCUCGGAAUGCGACUACUCCCGCGACGACAAAUGACCAAUCACCAGUGGUUGGAGAAACUACUCCCUCGUUCGACAAGGGCAAGGGAAAGCGAAAAGAAGAGGACAAGGAUAUCUUGGGUCCUCCAGCCUCGGGAUCUUCGUCCCCUAGUACUUCAACCUCGACCUCAACUGCUCCUGCCUUAAAUACCCCCGACGUUUCAUCAAAUAACAUUACCCCCGCGACUUCACCUAGUACGACUACCACAGAUGACACACCCACCAGCUCUAACGACAUACCAAGCACUCUUCCCGAAUCCAAUCCGACCGCUGCCCCCCCUCGCACUUCAUCCCGUCCAUCCGCAUCUCCAUCUAGUACUGACGUUCUCGGGUUACUUCUAAGCAUAGCAGCCCAAGCAACGGCUGAGGCUCUCGUCCCCUGGUCCGUCCCUCCCCGUUCCAGAGCAACUCCACGAGAAGGGAUUGCAGGUGGCCUAGCUGCCGCAUUUAAUGCUUUAACAUCUACUGGACCAACUGCAGUAUCCGGUCCCCAAACAGCCACGACGGUACCACCAGAGCCCGCACCCCCAUCACGCAUGCAGCCCAUAGUUCGAAUUCCUACGCCACCUCCGCCAAUCGAAUUUGUACCUGAGCCCCGAUCUUCCAGGCGGUUUUCAAGGAGGUUUUCGGGGCUGGGCUUGCCAUCCGGGAGAAUCCCGUCGUUGUCGUCCAGGAGAAUUUCAUCAUUUAUUCCUGGCCGAAGAACAGCCGCGGAAUCGGCCCAGAGAGAGAGAGCAAGUCCCGAUCGAAGGGUGUCUAGUCCCGUCCCAAGAAGGGCACCGAGUCCAACGCUGCGACGGGCAUCUACAACCGUCUCAAAGCCGCUGAGACGAGGGGUGCUCGGGAGGAUUGAACGAUGGGUCCCGAGAAGGCUGAGAAGGGAGAGUGAGGCUGAAACGUCUAGGAGACGGGACGAACUUCCUGGACCCAGCAAUCCGCAGACUGAAUCUCCCGGCCUUUCCGUUCCGCAAAUCGAAUCCCCUGGGGUGGUUGCACCGGCCAGGAUCAAUCCGUUGGACGAGUCCGUCGACUUUGGACGUGCGCCACCUCCAUCGACGUUACCAGUUCCUGCACCCGCACUCCCCGAACCGAGCGUCUCCCCAUUACCUUCACCCCCGAUACUUAUUCCCGCACCCGAACCACCUAUGAUCUCAGUUCCGACACCUUCAAUAUCUACACCGGUUUCUCCCACUUCCUCGUAUCCUAUUUCUCCAGUCUCCGCCCUUCACAAUUCCCCGACUUACGCUCAACCGUCCGCUCCUAUCCCUUCGAUCCCCAACCUCCCAACACCCACAACAGAUGCAGAAGACCUCAUUCGGUUCUCUCAAAUGCUUGGCUUUACCCCGGGACGAGUUGCGUGUCACUUUGAGCGAGCAUCAAGGGAGAACGAGGGGCCAGAGUGGGACAAUAGGGGAGAAGAGAACAUAGUCGAUGGGACGGAAGGGAAUCAGAAUAGUAGUGCAGAAGGACCUACGGCUACUUCUGAAGGAAUCGACAACCCAUCCAGAAUGGCCUCGCUCCUCGACCACACACGGCCCCAUGUUCCGUCGACGGAUCCGCUCCCGCUCAACUGGUGGAGGAUGUAUAGAUUCCCAGCGUUGCCUGAUGGUACUGCAUCCAGAACCGAGUCACCUUUGGCGAGUGGAUCUACGACGGCACAGUCUGAAGCAGGGGCGUCGACGGUGUCACCAGCUGAGCCAACCCAGACUUCCCCAACUCCAAACGACGCAGAGAUUCAGCAGCCUAUUCAUCCAGCGAUCAUCAUUGGCCUACGGUCACUUACUCGUGAUCCAACCGAGGAAAAUACUGAAGCCGACGAUCGGGCCAGGGAUCGGGUUCACUCGCACGAGAGCGGUGGUCGUACACGAUCCUCCGAAAUCGGAGACCGUAGCCGUCCUUCUGAGCGUGGCGACCGCGUACGUCCGCCCUCCAGCGAACAGCGUAUUCGUAGGCGGUUACGACUUGCAGAAGAGGAGAGAAGGUCACGGGAUGGGACGAGGAACUAUAUGAUAUGGAUUAUUGGUGCGUUCCUAUCUUUUUUUCUCGAUACCAAUAUUGAUGAGAGCGUGGCCUAUAGGGGGAUACUACGCAUCCAACCAUCCACUACUCGCUCAUCCCAAUCUCUUCCUCGGUCAAGUCCACCCGACGAGCUAUGGAUGCUAAACGAAUUCUUGGGACAAGUCAAGUCUCCUACCGCUAGCAAAGAAGACAUUGCCAAGGCUGGAUUGCGCAUUGUUAAGGGUGCGGACAUCAAAGAUUUGGCCCAAGCCGGGAGCGUUACCGAGAACUGCACCGAACGAUGUUUGAUAUGCUUGGACGACUAUGCCGACGAUGAGGACCUGCGAAUCAUGAAUUGUAAACACAUGUUCCAUCAAGGCUGUGUCGAUCGCUGGAUGGAAACCGGCAGGAAUAAUUGCCCUGCAUGUCGUACCAAGGGUGUUAAUACGUCUCCUCCUGAGUCUUCAUCAACUACCGUCUCUUGA